GUAGCAUAAACUACCAGCUGGGGCAUCCAAUUCUCCAAUGAGGUUUCCGUAGUGUAGUGGUUAUCACGUUCGCCUCACACGCGAAAGGUCCCCGGUUCGAAACCGGGCGGAAACAGCUUGGUUUCUGUUUUUCUAUUUUUUAUCCCCCACCACUGUGGAUCUCCUUUAAAAAUCCAUCCAUUAAAAAAAAAAAACUUCACGCCUCCUUUCUUGCCCCGGGCCGUGGUGCUGAAGCGACGCUGCUCGAGGCGGGUCCGGAGCCCGCGACCCCGGAGGCGGACCCACGCAUCACAGGGGGAGAACCGGGCUGUCCCCGGUUCAGCAAGGCGGCCAGACGCCCGCAGCCCCGGAAGCGCAUCCUCGCCUUGCCUUCCUGUUCCCGGCAGCGCCCGGCUCCCGGCGUCUCUUCGCCUGCCCACUGUCCGCGCCGGCCCUGCCCCAGCCCAGGGCACCUGCGCGGCAGACCCGCAGCUGGGAGCCUCGCGCCCCUCGGACGGCCGCGAGACUCGGAAGUCUUUCUAGGAGCAGUGAGGAAGAUAGAAGGACCCUUGGGGCUGGAAAAGCCAUCUGCCAGACGCUGCUGCCACCAUGCCCAAGAGAAAGGCAAAAGCAGAUGCUAAAGGUGACAAAGCAAAGGUGAAGGAUGAGCCACAGAGGAGAUCGGCACGGUUGUCUGCUAAACCUGCCCCUCCGAAACCAGAGCCCAGGCCCAAAAAGGCCCCUGCAAAGAAGGGAGAGAAGCAGGCCAAAGGCAGAAAGGGAAAAGCAGAAGGCAGCAAGGAUGGGAACAACCCUGCAAAAAAUCGAGAUGCCUCCACAGUCCAGUCACAGAAAGCAGAAGGCACCGGGGAUGCCAAGUGAAGUGUACUUUUUGGAUAGCUCUGUACUUCUAGUGACUCUGCUGUUUGAAAUACUAUUUUUUUUAAAUCAAAUUUUGUAAAAAUGUAGAUUUUUUUUUAAGUUAUGUUGUCACCACACAAGACACUUUGUUGUUGUCUUUUGUGGAAAGGGCAAGUAACCACUGGUAGAAUGUUUCAGAAGCUGGAUUGAAAUGGAGGGAAUAGAAUUUUCUGUCCUUGUAUUUGAAGAUUAUUCUUGGUUCUUGAGAGAGAUUCUCUGACAUUCAUACAUGACAGCCACUAUGGCUCAGAAGCCUUACCGUGUGGGGAAGCAAAAUUUCAUGUCUUCUCCUUUCCUGAUGCCAUCAGCACAUCCUUGACUUCCAGAAACCAAGAGUCAUGAUGCGGCCUUGGCACCCCUAGAAUCAGCUGCGUCAGGUAACAAUACUCAGGCUUUCUGGUGAUGACAUCAAGAUAGUGUUGCUCAAGAGAGCCAGGAAUCCUGUUUGUAGUUUGUGGAUCAUCUCACUAAUAAUCCUGGAGUUUUUAGUUCCUUUCCUCCAUGUCAGAGUUGACCUGUGAAAAGCUCUUCUAUGCCUCAUGUGAAAUAUUCACCCUUUCUGAAAACUCUUCCUAUUUGUUGGCAGCAACAGACUUUGUUGACUUUUUGGGGAGGGGAGUUUGAAAGUUAUAAGAGGUUAUGGGUUGUCACCCAUGUCCUGCUGGAAGUAACUAUUUUUGAAAAGUAUCUUAUAAAGCUGGAUACAAGUUGGCUUCAUGGUAGGGGAGGGAUCAUUUCUUACUCAAAGUCAUAUAUUCUUUACUGCCUUGUAGAAUUUGUGUAGUUUUGCUUUUCCAUUUGUCUUUUGUCUUCCCUGAACUGAUUUUUGCAAAAACAUGAGAUAGGAAUUCAAUAUAAUAUUUUUUCCAUAUGGUAAGUGGUUGUCCCAACCACUUGGUUGUCCCAACUUUUCAGAAAAGUUCAUCCUUUCCCCACUGAUCUGUAACACUGGCUCUUUUCAUAAAUCAAGUUUCUUUGUGUGUGGGUGGAGGGUGGUGGGGGGGGGGGGGACGUGUCUGUUGAUGGUUUCUAUUCUGACUCACUGGUCAAUGUGUCUAAACUUGUGGCAGUAUUAUACAAUUCUGAGUACUACAACUUUAGAAAAAGGUCUUGAUAUAUCAGGACAAAUCCCAUCUCCACCUUCAACAUCACCACCAAACUUUUCUUCCUCGGAGUAUCUUGGCUAUUCUUAGCCAAUUGCUUUUCCAUACAAAUUCUAGAAUUAGAUUGACAAGUUCCAAAUGAAACAAACAAAAAGUUGGAAUUUUUAUAGGAUUUGUAUUGAAUGUAUCAAUUAAUUAUAAUAUUGAGUCUUCCAAUCCAUGAACAUGUUAUAACUCUCCAUUUAUUUAGGCUUUUUAAAUGUCUUUCAAUAAAGUUUUAUAAUUUUCUCCAUAAGUGUUUUCUUUUGUUAAUAUUUCUUAGAGACUGUACACUUUUGGAUGCUACUUUAUAUGGUAUAUUUUUAGUUACUAUAUUUCUGUUUUCAGCUAAAGUUGACUUUUAUAUUCAACAACCUUGCUAAACUCAUUAAUUCUUAUGUCUAUAUAUUCUUUUGGGCUUUCUACAUAGAUAACCAUGUAUUCUUUUUGUUUUGUUUUGUUUCUUCACAGUCGUUAUACCUUCUUUUCCUUUUUCUAGUUCUAGGCAUUGUCUAAGUGCUGGAGGUACAGCAGUGAACAAAAUGAAGUCUCUGCUUUCACCAAGCUUCUAUUCUAGUGGGGGACGGUAUAGAAAAGGCACAAAUUUAUGUAACAGAGUGCUUUAAAUACACA